AUGGGUCAAAACCAGUCCGGCAUGGGCGGCGGCGGCGCCGAUGGGAGAGAUGACAAGGACAAGAAGAUCGCUGAUCCGCUCUCCCACCAACAGAAGGACAAGCCCAAGUACGAGCCCCCGCCACGACCUACCACCCGCAUCGGCCGCAAGAAGAGAAAGGCUGCCGGCGCCUCGGCUGCCGCCAAGCUCCCUGCCAUCUACCCCACGAGUCGCUGCAAGCUGCGUCUGCUGCGUAUGCAGCGCAUCCACGACCAUCUGCUGCUCGAGGAGGAGUACGUCGAGAACCAGGAGCGCCUCCGCAAGGCCAAGACCGCCAAGGACAACGCUGCGCCUGCCGCUUCCGACCUCGACGCUGCCACGGACAGAAAUGCCGACGAGCGUGGCCGCGUCGACGACAUGCGAGGCAGCCCCAUGGGUGUCGGUACUUUGGAGGAGAUGAUCGACGACGACCAUGCCAUCGUCUCGAGCACAACCGGCCCCGAGUACUAUGUCAGCAUCAUGAGUUUCGUCGACAAGGACCUGCUCGAGCCGGGUGCCUCCGUCUUGCUGCACCACAAGAGCGUCUCCAUCGUCGGAGUUCUCACCGACGACACGGACCCCGCCGUCAACGUCAUGAAGCUCGACAAGGCACCGACCGAGUCGUACGCGGACAUUGGUGGUUUGGAGCAGCAGAUCCAGGAGGUUCGUGAGUCGGUAGAGCUGCCUCUGCUGCAUCCCGAGCUGUACGAGGAGAUGGGUAUCAAGCCGCCCAAGGGUGUCAUUCUCUACGGUGCUCCCGGCACAGGCAAGACCCUGCUGGCCAAGGCCGUCGCCAACCAGACCUCGGCCACUUUCCUGCGUAUCGUGGGCAGUGAGCUUAUCCAGAAGUACCUGGGUGACGGCCCUCGGCUGGUGCGGCAGCUCUUCCAGGCCGCCGCCGAGAAUGCUCCCUCCAUCGUCUUCAUCGACGAGAUCGAUGCCAUCGGAACCAAGCGGUACGACUCGACCUCGGGUGGUGAGCGCGAGAUUCAGCGAACCAUGUUGGAGCUUCUCAACCAGCUCGACGGUUUCGACGACCGUGGUGAUGUCAAGGUCAUCAUGGCCACCAACAAGAUUGAGAGCCUGGACCCGGCCUUGAUCCGACCCGGUCGUAUCGACCGAAAGAUUCUCUUCGAGAACCCGGACCAGAACACCAAGCGCAAGAUCUUCAACCUCCACACCUCCAAGAUGAGCCUGAACGAAGACGUCGAGCUGGACGAGUUCAUCUCCCAGAAGGACGAUCUGUCUGGUGCCGAUAUCAAGGCGAUCUGCUCCGAGGCUGGUCUGAUGGCCCUCCGAGAGAGACGUAUGAGAGUGCAGAUGGCAGAUUUCAGAGCUGCCAGGGAGAGAGUCCUGCGCACCAAGCAGGAGGGUGAGCCCGAGGGCUUGUACUUUAUCAAGAAGAAGCCGUAUCGGUCUAGCCUUCAGCCCGAAUCGCUGGGCUCCGCCUCGCCUAGCCUCGACCUGCAGCUCGGCAGGGGACCAAGGCGACUUCUAGCCUGUGCUCCGCCCCGUUGUGGCGAUGACAUCAGUCGUCACCCCUCCCGCCCUCUAUCCUGCAACUAUCCAGGCGGCCAGCCCAUUCAUCUCGCCGCUGCCAUGGCGUUCGCUGGUGGCAGACCAAUGGGUACAGUCUCGCAACCUCAAGCAAUGAGCGCACAUCCAAACCACCCGACCGGUACGUCCGGCGGUAACCCGGACUACUACGCCGAGACAUCCAGCGUCGCCGGCGCCGGUCCCUCCGAGCUCUCAGGGGGCACGCCUCCGCAUCACCCAGCCGGUAGCCAUGCAACAUCUGCCGCAGACCAGCCGCCUCAGUACCAGGACCAAGUCCCUCAGUAUCAGGAGCAGGUCUUCCCGCCACCACCUCCGGGUCCGCCACCCUCAGGGGGACAACAACACCAACCGGCGCACCAGGACUACUACCCGCCGCCUCCACCUGGUCCGCCGCCAAAUCAGACGUAUCAGGCCUAUCACCCUCUGCAGUCUCACCCCACGAACAAUGAGACACUGCCCGGCUACACGGAAACGCCGGGUCUUCACGUCCAGGGCGACGAGAAGCUACCCGUCCUCCCACCACGCCCGGGAUCACGGCCUGGCUCCAGCCAAGGUUCAGCUCCGUACUUUGCACCGCCUCCCACAGCAGCCGAGGCAGGUCCAUCCUCAGGAGAGCACCAUGCGGCACAGGCCAGCGCGGCGACUGCAGCCGCCGGUGCGCCCGUAAGCGGCAGUGGUGCCACGGAGGCCGAGGGCGGCAAGAAGAAGAAGACCUUUGGCGAGCGCUUCUACGACUGGAGCGUCAAGGCCGGCGUGCCCAUCAACAAGGUGACCAACAAACUUGGCUCCGAGGCCUUCUGGCCCACGAGCAUGGACAAGGAGUGCGACAAGGCGGCCCGGAUUCUCAAGUCGUUCUGCAAGGACGGCUUCUACACCACACCCGCCAACCACCCGCCCCCGUCGCCGGGCCACGCCACCAACCCGGGCCCGACGCCCAACCCCAAGGCCAAGACGCUGGUCAAGGUGCCCGCGGCGGCGCUGAAGCAGGCGCGCGGCCUGGCCGUCUUCACCGUGUUCCGCACGGGGCUGCACAUCAGCGGGGCGUCGGGAUCGGGCGUCGUGGUGGCGCGGCUGCCGGACGGCUCCUGGAGCCCGCCCUCGGGCUUCCUGGUGCACACGCUGGGCGCGGGCUUCAUGGUCGGGCUCGACAUCUACGACUGCGUGUGCGUGCUCAACACGGACGAGGCCGUGCGCGCCUUUACGCGGCCGCGCCUCAGCCUGGGCGGCGAGAUCGCCGUCGUGGCCGGGCCCGUGGGCGCCGGCGCUAGCCUCGACGCCGCCCUAGGUGCCGGCAAGCCCGUCUGGAGCUACAUGAAGUCCCGCGGCUUCUACGCCGGCGUCCAGGCCGACGGCACCGUCAUCGUCCAGCGCCCCGACGCCAACGCCGCCUUCUACGGCGAGAAGGGCGUCACGCCCGAGCGGAUCCUGCGGGGCGAGAUCGCGAGGGGCAGCAGCAGCAAUGCCGCGCCGGCGGGCGGUGCCGGUGUCGGUGCCGUGGACAAUGCCAAGGGCGAGGUCGUCAUGUGGCCCCAGGGCGCGCGCCACCUGGUCGAGGUGCUCAAGAGCGCGCAGGGCGAGAAGGCCGACGAGAGGGUUGUCGACGAGGUCGGCACUGGCCCUACGCCGGGAGAUCUGGCGGGCACCGAUGGCGUUGCGCAUGAGAAGGAGAAGGAGGGCGGGCUUGGGGGUGGCAAGGGGAGUGUGAGGUACGCUUGA